GCGAGGCGGCUCGGAGACACGGACCUCACCGUUCCGCGAAUAGCGCCUUUAAAGGCUUCCCGAACGGGGUCGGGCGAGCUGUGAACUACGUGGGCCCCGAGCUGAGCGAACCCCGACGGGACUUUCUCUCCUCUAGGAAGAAGUUGACCCGUCGCUUCAAGCCCUUGAAUCCCGCCAGGAGGAGAUCCUGAAACGCCUGUAUGAGCUGAAGAGCGCCGUCGAUGGGCUCUCAAAGAUGGUACAGACUCCUGAUGCUGACUUCGAUGUGACUCACGUCAUUCAAAAUGAUGAGUCUUCUCCUUUGACGACAAAUGGAGCGGAUUUAGAUUUGAUGCUUGGAAAGGAUUAUGGUGCCCUGAAAGAUAUCGUAAUCAAUGCAAAUCCUUCUGUGCCCCCAUUGUCCUUAUUAGUACUGCACAGCCUGCUCUGUGAGCGCUACAAGAUACUAUCAGCUGUUCACACACAUUCAUCAGUGAAAAGUGUGCCAGAAAAACUCCUGAAAUGCUUUGGGGAGCAGAUGAAGAAGCAGCCACGCCAUGAAUAUCAGUUGGGCUUCACUCUGAUAUGGAAGGAUGUUCCAAAACCUCAGAUGAAGUUCAGCAUUCAAACAAUGUGCCCAAUUGAAGGAGAAGGGAAUAUUGCUAGAUUCCUCUUUUCUCUUUUUGGCCAGAAGUACAAUGCAAUUACCUCAACUCUGAUUGACAGCUGGGUUGACACAGCCAUCUUCCAGCUUAAAGAAGGCAGCAGUAAAGAAAAAGGAGCAGUCUUGCGAUCCAUGAAUGCUGCCCUGGGCAAGACAUCGUGGCUGGUGGGAAAUGAACUCACCGUGGCAGAUAUUGUUGCAUGGUGUGUGCUUCAGCAGACAGGUAGUGCAAAUGCUGCACCAGCCAACGUGCAGAAAUGGAUGAAGUCCUGUGAGAACUUAGCACCUUUCAGCUCUGUUAUUAAGCUACUGAAAUAAGUCUGUACCUUUAUAUAAACAAGGUGAUUUUAACUUCCAUCCCACACCCAUUGUCGUGGUUUGAAUCCUUUGAGAGCUAUUCAGUUUCUGCAGUUGGAUAGAAUUCUAAAAUAAAAAACAUUACAGCUGC